AUGUGGCAGUGUGACGGACGUACAUACAUAUGGUGGGUGUCUAACCAUUUAGACUCGAUAUCAGAUCCAGUUAUCUGUGAUGGAGCAACAUGGAAUACUCAAUCACGCACAGUUGCUGGUGGGAAUGGCAGGGGGUGGCGCACAAAUCAGUUGAACGACCCCUAUGAUUUUUUUGUUGAUGAAUAUGACAAUGUUUACGUCGCCGAUACAUUCAAUCAUCGUAUCAUUCGUUGGACUCCAAAUGCAACAGAAGGAGAGAUAGUAGCUGGUAAUGGUCAGGGUGAUGCAUUAGAUCAACUCAAUUAUCCAAAAAAAAUUUUCGUGUCGUCUGAUGGAGACAUCUAUGUCGUCGCCGAAGAUUCUUCUAGUGGGUAUGAUGGUUUAAGAAAGUGGUCACGUGGGGCAACAUCAGGUGAAGUUAUCGAUCAUAGCGUCAUUUUAGGCCGUGAAAGUGAAAUGGCCGUAAUACUCCAACGAAGUGGUAAAGGUAAUGGAAUGGACCAGUUCGUAGGUAUUGUUGAUAUUAUUGAAAAAGAUGGUUAUAUUUAUGUAUCGGAUAUGAAUAAUAAUCGUGUUCAGAAGUGGCGUAAAGGUGAAUUGUCAGGUAGAACGGUGGCUGGUGGCAAUCGAGCACCAGGUGACGCUUUGGAUCAAUUAUACAGCCCGCAAAAUAUUUUUCUCGAUGAGGACGAUAAUCUUUAUGUGGAUGAUAGCUCCAAUGGUCGGCUCAUGAAAUUCAACAAAGGAACAACAAAUGGAACUGUCGUUAAUUUGAAAUUUCCUGAUGGAGAAAAGAAGCUUGACCCCGAUGACUCACGUUCAACAGCACCACCGUUAUCGAUUGGUGAAAAUUUAAUUGGUUGA